UGCAUCACUAGUGCAGUUCAGUGUUGUGUGCGCUCUGUCCGCUAUGUUUGCUGUGUUUGCUGCUGGCUCCCCUCUGUCCUCCAUUAGAGCUCGGCUCCAUCCCCGCUGUACGGCGCAGGCCCGAAGUAGCGCAGCCGCUCUGAGUCAUUGUACCGUGGAUCCAGCUGUGUAGACCAGGUGGCUGAUAAUGGAUGAGCACAUCGUUCACCAGACAGAACACAUGACCACCAUCGAGGCCAGCGCCGUAAGCCAACAGGUCCAGCAGGUUCAUGUGGCCACCUUUACUGAAACAUCGAUGAUGAGCGCUGAGGAAGACUCAACAUCCUCGCCAGAUGAUGAUCCUUAUGAUGACACGGACAUCCUCAACUCGGCUGGCACUGAUGAGGUCACCGCCCACCUGGCUGCCGCAGGGCCAGUAGGCAUGGCUGCUGCUGCUGCCGUGGCAACUGGUAAGAAAAGGAAGAGGCCUCAUAUCUUUGAAUCCAACCCCUCCAUCCGCAAGAGGCAGCAGACUCGCCUGCUCAGGAAACUGCGAGCCACCCUGGAUGAGUACACCACCAGAGUGGGCCAACAGGCCAUAGUGCUGUGUAUCUCUCCAUCCAAACCCAACCCUGUGUUUAAGGUGUUUGGUGCUGCUCCUCUGGAGAAUGUGGUCAGAAAGUAUAAGAACAUGAUUUUGGAGGAUCUGGAGAACGCUCUGGCUGAACAUGCCCCUGCUGGCGGAGAGCUGGCCUCAGAGCUGCCCCCCCUCACCAUUGAUGGCAUCCCUGUCUCUGUGGACAAGAUGACCCAGGCCCAGCUGCGAGCGUUCAUCCCAGAGAUGCUGAAGUACUCAACAGGCCGAGGGAAGCCUGGUUGGGGAAAGGAGAGCUGCAAGCCUGUGUGGUGGCCUGAGGACAUCCCCUGGGCCAACGUCCGCAGUGACGUCCGCACAGAGGAGCAGAAACAGAGGGUGUCUUGGACGCAGGCGUUGCGGACCAUCGUUAAGAACUGCUACAAGCAGCACGGUCGUGAGGAUCUGUUGUAUGCUUUUGAAGACCAACAGAUAACAACUGCAACAACCACCCAGCACCAUCUGACCGCACAGAAUAUCGCUCACCUUGUGCCCUCACAAACUGUGGUACAGACCAUUAACAACCCUGACGGAACAGUCUCGCUCAUCCAGGUUGGCACGGGACAUACAGUUGCCACCCUGGCAGAUGCCUCAGAGCUGCCUGGUGUGACAGUGGCACAGGUCAACUACUCCACUGUGACUGAUGGAGAGCUAAGAAGAAUGACCUUUUUUGCAAGUGCUAAGGAUGUGGAGCAGAACUGGGCCACCCUGCAGGGCGGAGAGAUGACAAUCCAAACCACUCAGGCCUCAGAGGCCACGCAGGCAGUAGCAUCUCUGGCUGAAGCCGCUGUAGCUGCCAGUCAUGAGAUGCAGCCCGGAGCCACCGUCACAAUGGCUCUCAACAGCGAGGCAGCAGCCCAUGCUGUUGCGACGUUGGCAGAGGCCACUCUACAAGGCGGAGGGCAGAUUGUCUUGGCAGAGACAGCAGCUGCUGUUGGGGCUCUGGCAGGGGUUCAAGAUGCCACAGGUCUGGUCCAGAUCCCGGUCAGCAUGUACCAGACUGUAGUAACCAGCCUCGCCCAGGGCAACCGACCUGUCCAGGUAGCCAUGGCACCUGUCGCCACACGCAUAGAUAACACUGUCACGCUGGACGGCCAGGCGGUGGAGGUUGUGACCCUGGAGCAAUGACAAUUACAACUCUGGAAGGAGUAGAAGGCACUGAAUGGCCACCUUGGAGAUUUGUUAAUUCUACUGUUUUCCAAGACAUCACGCUGUGUACAAUGUCAAAUAUAUUUUUAAAUGUACAUCUGCAGGGGAAGUAAAAGUGAGUUAUCAAUGCAUUGUGUUUACUAUGUAAAGAUAUUGCUUUUGUUGUUGUUAUUUUUCUCCCAUUUAGCGUCAUGUUUUGUUGUUUGUUUUUUUUAGCUCUGUGAUGUUGAGUAUUUAGUAUUUAUUUCUUUACAAUUAACCUUUACUUAACACAAACAUGAACCAAAAAGCCCGGGAGACCCAGAGUGUGUAACUAUCACUGUCCUUGAUUUUCAUAAUCGUAUGUGCUUGAUUUGUUUUCGUUUUUAGGAUACAUUUACAAUUCAGUGCCAUAGUCAGAAAUCACUCCUCUCUGUUUCCCAUAUCCUUGAUCACUAUUCUAAAUUGCACCCUUUCCACUUAAAUUCCCCUAAAACUAUGUUAGUGUAUGGAAAGACACUCCCAGACUUUUCUCACAUUAGAUGACCAUCACACCGUCUAUCCGUGUGCUUUUCUUGUGCUGUUUUACGGUAGUCCACGCACAUGCCAAGACUUGUGAAGACUCAGGAUAUACACGAAGGUGUUUUUUUUAUUGCUGGACUGCUAAGCUGACUUCCUGAAGCAGCCAUUUUGUCCAUUUUGACCAAAUCAAUUUAUUUACAGUGCAUGGGCAGAAGCACCCCUUGGUAUGUUUUCUUUCUUUUUACAUGAACUCCUUUGUAUGUCACUUAGGACUUGUGUACUGCAUCACUUUGUAUUUCACAGGAAGUUAGUCAUACUUGGACAGGAGCUGCAGUAUGUGUGAUGCACAUAUCAAAAAAGCAAUUAAAUCUUUCAACAAAAAAGCAACAUAAUUCAAUGCAGCUGUAAUAUCUGGUUCAACUCACCACUAUUUAAAAAAAUAAAGUUCAAUAAAAUGGCUGCUGUUCAUACUUUGA